AUGAUUCAAUCAUCAUUCCUGCCGCGCAAGGACACAGGGCCCGCACCAGACGGGGGCCCAUUGCGAGUAACUCAUGUGAAGGUCGAAGGGAAAACCACCGUGCAGCGCAUAGAGCUGACUUACAGCGACGGCUCUUUGUGGGCUAUGGGCCCGCCUCUGGCUGGCGGCAAGAAGCAAGUGAAGAAUAAGAGGAAGAUGGACGAUGGUGUGAAGAUCAUGGUCUUGAGCGACGACGAGUUCAUCACCGAAGUGAAGCAUGAGCCUUUGCUCCAAUGGUGGUGGGUUGGUGCGGCUCUCGAGCUGCGAACCAACAAAGGUCGUUCACUCCAGGCCCUUGGCACCUGGUCCUCGGGCUUCGAGGCCAACACGGACGUAUUCACUGCCUCGCCGGGCUGCGCCGUGCUUGGACUCCGCCUGCACAACGGACGAUGCCACGGAAUUAUUGAAGGCCCUGCUCCGGAGGUUGAUGAGCUGGAGCUGAAGCUUUGGGCCGUAUAUUGGCUGGCGGAGGGCAGCGCAGAUGACGAGAUCCAGAGCCGAAACUUUGUAGGCCGGGAGUCCGCGUUUAGCUUCGCCGAGCGAGUCGGUGGAGGCCACGAAAUGGCGUGGCAGUGCGGACCCCUGAGGCUUUCCAUCUCCGACCACCCUUGGCUGGACUGCUUCCGGGACCUGCGAGAGCUGCUACAGCCGGCGAGGCUGGCAGCGCUGGAGGCACGCGAGGUCGCAGCACAAAACGAGUCCUACGUGGAGUUUGCGACAGGGGAGCGAUUCGCAGCAGGCAUCGUCCUCGACUUGGUCAAGACGUCGCGGGUCAAGGCCUGGGGACCUCAUGCGCGUCGCAAGAAGUGUGAGGAGCUGGCAGCCGAACAGGGUCAGUUCAACCUCAAACGCUGGCGCGACAUGUCCGUCUCCUUCGCGGAGAUCAUGCACAGAAUACAGUCGGUGAAGCCGACGCUGGCCCGUCUUGUGGCCAUGAUGGACUUGAGACGGCACCUUUUCAGGACGCUGUUCACAGCAGCCAUUGCAGCGGUCAUGAGCACUUGCGACAGCGUCAAGACGGUGCUGUCCGGUGCGGUGUUCACGCUGAUCAAUGCAAGCGAAGAGGAGGUGAAGAAGGACAGCCAGUACCUGCAUGCCAUUUGCUCCUGGACUUUCGGCUGUGGCUCCCGACUAUCCCUGGCCAAGAGUUUGAUCCUUGGCCUGAUGUUGCUUGCAGUCGUGAAAGGCACCGUCCACGUCGUGUCACAACAUGUGGCCAAGGCUUUCAAGGACUCGUACCGCGUGCAGACUCGAACUGAGCUCUUCGAUCACUUGCUUGCCCAAGACUUGGAAGAGUUCGAAAAGCAGACAGCGCGGGUCAUGGCUCAUAAAGCUUCGCCGGUGGUCAUGGACAGCAUGCCGAACAUGGUGACGAACAUGGUUCGCACCGUUACCGAGUUGUUAACGUCGCUUAUCUUCCUUUACUCGAUUUCGCCGCUGAUGACAUUCAUGUACGCAACUGCGGUCCCUGCAUUCCAAGUGGCAGCACAGGCAUACCUUAGGAAGCAAGCAGUGGGCAGCCAAAGACGUGAGCGUGGCCUGGAAAACGUGGCGAAUCGCGUCGUGGGGGAGGCUUGUGAGAUGAUCAAGGUGGUCAAGACGUUCUCGCGCGAGGACUGGCACACAUCACUGCAGCGGCUCUCACUGGAAGAAGCCUCCGGGAUGAAGCUGACGGUCACUCAAGGGGUCGCACAAGUUGCGGCCGAUACCUUACAACAGGCCAUCUACUGCUUUUCUCUCUGGGUGGGCUUAGUUUGGGUCAACGUCGACUCCUCAGCUGCGGAGAUGACGUCCUUCCUGCUGCUCGUGAGCAAACUGGGCCACCAAGUCAACAGCUUCAAGGCCCAGGUCGAGGACUUGUUCAAUCGUUCCGACAACUUGGCCGAGCACUUCGAGUUCUUAGACCAGCAGCCAAAGAUUUUCCCAGGCACUUAUGACGGCCCAGUGAGUGGGGAAGUGAAGUUUGAGGAUGUGUCCUUUGCUUAUCCCACGCGCCCCGAGCAGAAAGUGCUCCAUGAGCUCUCCAUGGAGCUGCAGCCUGGAAAGACCACGGCCCUGGUUGGCGCCUCCGGGUCGGGCAAGAGUACCACAGUGCAGCUCAUCUUCCGGUACUACGAUCCCCUGGCUGGUGCUAUUCUUAUCGAUGGAGUCCCGAUGAAGGACUGGGAUUUGACACACCUUCAUCGGCACAUGGCGCUCGUUGCACAGGAGCCCGUGCUCUUUAACACUUCCGUGCGGCAAAAUCUACUGUAUGGCUUGCCACAGUGCCGCAUCGAUUCGGAUCCCAAGGACUUCGAGGAUCAAGUCAUCGAAGCUGCGAAAGCAGCUUGUGCACACGACUUCAUCAUGGGUUUUCCGGGCGGGUACGACACGAACGUCGGCGAUCGGGGUGGCCAGGUCUCGGGCGGGCAGAAGCAACGCCUCUCGGUCGCCCGUGCCAUCCUCCUGAAGCCAAGGAUCCUUGUGCUGGACGAGGCCACAAGCGCCCUGGACGCCGAAAGCGAGUCCAUCGUCCAAGAGGCCCUCGACCGACUGGUGGCGAGUAGCGGCAGUAGUGUGAUGGUCAUCGCCCAUCGCCUGUCCACCGUUCGCAAUGCGGAUGAAAUCAUCUGCCUGCGAGAAGGCCACGUGGUUGAGCGCGGGUCCUCGAAGGAGCUCAUGGAGCUGAGAGGCUACUACUACACGCUUGUGGAGAAGCAAGCUGUUACCUUGGAUGACAUCGGUGGCGCCAAUGCGGAGAUAGAUCGCUCUUUGAAAUCCAGAAGCAAAGUUAUGGAUUCAGAGGCUAAUGUACAGGAAAGCUCGGCCACGGAGAAAUCGUCCUGA